AGCCAGCGGGGACAGGCAGGCAGACGAUGCUGCACAAUGGCGCUUCUAGUUUCCUGCACGGUUUGUGUGCGGGAUUAGCCGCUACGUAGUGUGUGUGUGUGUGUGUGUGUGUGUGUGUGCAGACUCUGUGCGCCCCGAGCCGCCGCAGCCAGCCGCCUCAGGUGGAUGCGCCUGCAGUGAUCCAGGUCGCCCCUAUGGAUCGCGUCCAUGGAUGUCUUCAAACCCGCUCUAAACAGCAUCGUGAGUCCCAAGGCGUGCGUUUCCUCGUCGGAAGAAACCGAGGCAGAUGUUUUCCGCUGGCCGAGACCGGGUGAUGGCAUCGGCGUCGCGCCGGAUGCGGCGCCCGCAGAGCCGGGCUUCUGGACCGCGGUCUUCGACUACGAGGCGACGGCGGAAGACGAGCUCAGCCUGCGGAGGGGCGACCUGGUGGAGGUCCUGUCCAAAGACUCCCUGGUGUCCGGAGACGAGGGCUGGUGGACCGGCUUGAUAGCGGACCGGGUCGGCAUCUUCCCGUCCAAUUAUGUGAGCAACGGGAACGGCAUUCCGGAGGAAAUCCGGGACACCUCGGAGCAGCAGUACCAGGUGCCUCCUCUGCACCUCCUGGCGAUCGAUUUCUCCGAGCUGACCCUGGAGGAAAUCAUCGGGGUGGGCGGUUUUGGGAAGGUGUACCGCGCGGUGUGGCGGGGCGCCGAGGUGGCGGUGAAGGCGGCGCGGCGGGACCUCGACGAGGACGCGGAGCAGACUCUGGAGAGCGUGCGCCAGGAGGCCAAACUCUUCGCCAUGCUCAACCAUCCCAACAUCAUGGGCCUGCUGGGGGUGUGUCUGCAGGAGCCCAACCUGUGUCUGGUCAUGGAGUACGCCCGGGGCGGGCCCCUCAACCGGGCCCUCGCCGGCAAACGCAUCCCUCCGUGCACGCUGGUGGACUGGGCGGUGCAGAUCGCCCGGGGCAUCCUGUACCUCCACAGCCAGGCCAUCGUACCCAUCAUCCACCGGGACCUCAAGUCCAGCAACAUCCUCAUCCUCGAGAGGGUUGAGAUGGAGGACCUCAGCAACAAGACUCUGAAGAUCACAGACUUUGGGCUGGCUCGAGAGUGGCACCGCACCACCAAGAUGAGCGCCGCCGGCACCUACGCCUGGAUGGCGCCCGAAGUCAUCCGCUCGUCUACGUUCUCCAAGGGUAGCGACGUGUGGAGUUUUGGCGUGCUGUUGUGGGAGCUGCUGACGGGAGAAGUUCCCUUCCGUGGCAUCGAUGGUCUUGCAGUGGCGUACGGUGUGGCCAUGAACAAGCUGGCGUUGCCCAUUCCCUCGACCUGCCCGGAGCCCUUUGUACGUCUUAUGGAAGAAUGCUGGAGCUCCGACCCUCACUCCCGGCCGCAUUUCACAUUAAUUCUGGACCAGCUGACGGCCAUCGAAGAGUCCGGCUUUUUUGAGAUGCCGGCAGAGUCCUUCCACUCUCUGCAGGAUGACUGGAAACUGGAGAUCCAGGAGAUGUUUGAUCAACUUAGGACCAAGGAGAAGGAGCUGCGAUCGUGGGAGGAGGAGCUAACCCAAGCCGCGCUGCAGCAGAAGUGCCAGGAGGAGGCGUUGAGGAGGCGCGAGCAGGAACUAGCCGAGCGGGAGAUCCACAUCCUGGAGCGGGAGCUCAACAUCAUCAUCCACCAGCUCUACCAGGAGAAGCCUCACGUGGAGAGCCGGCAGGGCAAGUUCCGCCGCAGCCGCCUGAAGCUCAAGGACGGGAACCGGAUCAGCUUACCUUCAGAUUUUCAGCACAAAAUCACAGUGCAGGCGUCUCCCUCACACGAUCGCCAGAGGAGUUUGCUCAGCAGCGGUUCCAGUCCGCCGAGCAGCCCGCCGAUGAUGUCCCGCCUGAGAGCCAUCCAACUCACUCCACGGGAGGGCUGUACGGCCUGGGGUCGCAACGCAGGUCUUCAUCCGGAUGAAGAGGUGGGUGAGAGGAAGGGCUCCAGGAAAAAGGGCAGAGCCCGCGAGUGUGGCCCUUACAGGGAGCACAGCGCCGAUGCCAGUGUGAAGCCGCCCCAUGAAAGCAGCAGGCAGCGGUCCUGCAGCGCCCCGAACCUUCGCAGAUCCCCCAGACACAGUCCAGCAGUGCCCGGAGUGCCGAGCCUCGUGGAGAUGGAAAAUGAAGACUGCUGCUUCACGACCGAGCCGGGAGCAGCUCCUGGUCAGUCCUACCUCUGCAUCCCCUUCCAGAAGGAGGGGAACGCGGCUGCUCCCGCUGCUCCUCCCGCUGCUGACGGGGAUGGAGACGAGUACUGCGCCAGCCGGCAGCUUCCGGGAACGCCGCCAUGUCGGAAGAGUCCCGGCGGGGGCCGGCGGUCCGAGCUCGUCCUGCUGGGCUGCGGCGCUCUGCUGGCAGCCGUCGGGCUGGGCUGCAACCUGCUGACUCUCUCCCAACCGGAGGGGGGCGUCAAAUCGAGAUGGGAAGGCUUCUUCCACAGGACGGGGGGCCCGAGGCGGAGCACCAGCCCCCCGACCCGCAGACUGUUCCGGCGGGAGAGCCCGCUGAAGCCCUCGGCUUCCUCGCUGCCCCCCUCCUCCACCCUGCUGUCCUUGUCGUCGGUGUCCGACUGCAACUCCACCCGCUCGCUGCUGCGCUCCGACAGCGAGGAGCCGUUGGCCUCGCCGCUCAAACGGCACCCGGUCCUCCGGACCACGAUCAACCCGCUGGUCAACACGCAGCUCGAGAGCUUCAAGCGCAACCCCCACCAGUCUCUCACGCCCACGCACGUGCCGUGUGCCCCGCGCUACUCGCGUGGCCUGCGUCGGACGCCUUCAGACGGCGCCAUCAAGAAGAGCUGCGCCUCUAAUAAUCUAGAACCCUUGCCAGAGAAAACGGCAUUCGAGAACGCAGGAGGCUUCAGAGGUUUAAAAGAAGACUGUCCGGAGUUCCCCCGGCUCCCCGAUCCGAAUCUUGUGUUCCCUCCAACUCCCCGCCGCCGCUGUGCCCCCGAACGCCCCAAAACCCUCGACUUUGUGGCCCGGCCGCGGCCGUCGCCACGAGCGCACUGCGAGAGGUUUUGGGCGGACGCGAGGCCCAGGGGAAACGGCCAAAACCUGGGUAACGGCGAGUCGCCCGCCCACAACUCCUCCAGCACAGAGACUCCUCCCACUUUGGAGUUUGGUAGGGACCCGGCGGUCCUGCCCACCCCCAUGGAGGCCCCGACGCCCUACUCCCCCCGAAGAAAAAAAGAGGACCUGUUGGAUCGGCUGGAUGAGGUACAGUGCCGGGACGGAACCGUACCGCUCUGCAGACCAGAGAGCAGCUUUCCCAAAGACUCCCCGUACCGCUACAGACCUGGAUUCUGGUGCUAACUGGGCCCCAUCCCGCCCUUCACCGGUCCAACACAAGGAGGCGACUGUCCCUGCUGUUAGCCGUUUGGAUUCUCACAGUUCUGGGUCGAAUGGUACUGACGGACUGAAUCUGUUCAAGCUUUAUUCAGGACUUUAAGGGGGGAGGGGAGCUCACCUUUCCACUUCUAUAAUAUUGCCGCUAAAUUACAGGAAGUCAUUUACGAUUAAUAUAUUUGUUGUAUUGCAGUUUGUGAUAAUCCUCAAAUUUGGCCUCGAGGAGAAGUAUUUUAGGAUACCCAGGUCUUUUUUGUGAAUGCAUUAGAGCGACGGAAUGUUAUUAAUGUCUCUCAUUUACACUGAAACCCUGACGUUUGUCAUUUUUAUUGAUUUCUUUGGGAAUGAACUAACUAUCGGCUUUAUGGCAGAAUGGCAUCGACGGUUUCACAAAGCUUUACAUAAUUUUUUCUUUUUCUACUUCAAGAUUGUGCAUUCAACAAAGUGCACUUUUGGAAAGCAUCAUGAAUGUGAAUCUUCAGGUUUUUCUUUUUCAUGGUCAAAGCGCGUCUCUCAUUCUCUAACUUUCCCCGUAAACUCUUCUGUAUACUUCACGCCACUGUGCUCGUGGCUGAUGGAUUUCUGUUUUGUGAUACCCGUCGUCACACCUGUACACAGCAAUAUCCCAGGAGAUGGGGGGGGGGGGGGUUGUAUAAUAUGAGCCCCUCUGUGCGUUGGUAACUCCGUCUCCAGGCCUGUAUGGAGAGCUUUACUGUAAAGAAGACCGGCACAGCUGCUGCUCUGGUUUGAGUCGGGACCGAAACACUGUCAGGAAGUCUCAACCAGAUGUUUGGAUCCCGACCCGCCAGUUGAGAAACAUUUCUCCUGAAUUUUAAAAAGGCAAAUAUUGUAUUUGUAAAUCUGUAAAUUGUCUGCCUCAAGUUGUUGAUCAAGAUGAAACGAGUGUUGAGAGGCACACAGGUGAAGCAGGCCCUGGCGGCAUGUGGAAUUUCAUUCCUGAUAGUUUGUAUUAAUUGUAUUGUAUUUAUUGUUUUAUAAUUCAUUGCAUUUGCCUUGAUUUUUGACUUAUGAAUGUUCUUAUAGAGAUGGUGCCACAUGUUACUUGCUUCAUUUAGUUUGUGGCUGUUACAUUUUCAAUAAUCAUGUUGUUGUUUUCAACAUCAUUUAAAAAAAAGGGGGCAAAUAGUUUCGAUUCAACUAAAGCCGACACGAUGAGUUGCUGAAUCGGUAUUAUGGAUAGAAAAUGUUAAACAUUCCCGAGUUGCAGCGUCUCAAAUGUGAGACAAUUUUUUUUUUUUUCAUCUUCUUUAUUAUUUGGAUUUUUGGAUCAUUAUUUCCUGAGAAAACAAGCAAUUUGAUGACAACGUGGGCUUAAGUGAAUUAAGAACAUUAUCAACAGAUUAGUCGAUAAUUAAAAAUCAUUCGUUGCCGCUCCAAAUCCAACAAUCCAAAAAGUUAUUUAACUGAGCCUAAUGCAUAUAAGCUGGUCUGUGCAUAUUUUUGGUUUCCGCAUCCGACUUGUGUUGGUCUGGACUAGACUGGGGUCAAGUAUGCAUUACAACUAAGUUUCAACCUGUUUGACAAGAAGAAUACUGGAGGAGUUUCAGGAAGUGCCAGGUUACUGAUGCAAUCACACCCACCUGUCGACUGGCAAAUGUGUGGGGUAUUUAAAAAAAGAGCUAAGAAUGAUCAAUUAUUUAAAAAUCCAAAAAUGCCUGGUCUUCAUGCCUGUUUAUCUCUUUUUAAAUUUGAAAAUGUUGAGUGGCCUCCCGGGCUGCACCCUCUGAGAUCUGUCCUUAUUCCCGAGUGACCCCAUGUACGUGUAAACGCGAAUGCUUUUCCUCUCGAGGGCUGUGCAGAAUGUGGACAUGCUCGAUGAACCCAAGCGCUCUUGUCUGAGGUGGCGCCACGGUGUCGCUUUCUGUCUGAAAUGUUACCACGAAUAAGCUGACCUGACUGUUGCUGAUGGACAUUGUUCAAGUGGAGAAUAAUGCUGUUAUGGACUGACUUGUAUUUGCACUGGAACACACUGAUUUGAGUAAAAUCAUGGUAAACAAUC